UGCUGCUACAUAUAUUACUCGUCCAGGCAUUUUAUAUUUAGUAUUUUUGUCGUAAAUAACACUCUUAACCGUUAGUAAACGUGUGAAAUCAGUAAAUGUCUUUUUGAACCUACACUGGAACACAAAUUUUAAGAAUAUUUUCACAGCCCUAAAUACAACUUACCUAUCCUCCUUAUACUCACCAGGAUUUCAAAUAAUAAUUACAUAAAAACAAAAACAAUCGUCACAAAUAAACAGAAGUGAAGAGAAAAUAAUAAAAAGACGAGUUAGAGCAAAAAAAAAAUAAAAAAAUAAUAAUAAUUAGACCCCGAGGCCGCCGGAAGGUGAUCGUUCUCCGUUUUUGUUGAGUCCCGGAUGAAGAUGACGUCAAGUGGAGAAUCCGAGGACUACACCCACUACACUCCUCGGUUACCCCGGCGUGACCAGCACCGCCAGUUCACGUGGUUGGAAGGCCUCCUCCUCGCCGUGCUCACCGUGUCCUACCUGCUGGGCUACGGGAUCCAGAUCAGCAUCAUCGUCGAGAAGUACAGCCUGGAAGAGCCGCCGAAGAACCGCGGGCUCUACCUCCUCUUCUUCUUCCUCCCACACCUGGCGGCUGGCUUGAAGAACUUGCAGUACCACAUCAGAGACUCCCCGCGAAGAAGACGACGAAAUUCAGUCAUCGGAUGGGUCGUCCACGUCGUCUUCUUGCGGUCAGCCCCUCAUCAGACUCGUCCGAGCAGGAAUGUUCGGAAUGGCGGAGAAAGACAAUCGAGAUAAUGGCUUAAGAUUCGUGGACGAGUCCCACGGCUGCUGUCCUGAGGCUGUUCGGACGUGCUCUUGGGAGACGCGCCGACCCUCUCGCUGCUCCUGCGGGAUGACGUCUGGGCGAG